AUGGCGUCGGCCGCGGCGCCCGUGGCGCCCUCGCGCGCCCGCCGCCCCGCCCACGCCGCGCACCGCGCCUCGCCGUCGACGCUGCCGACGUUUGGCACGGGCGUGCCCACCGACCUGCUGCUCGCGCUGCUGCUCGACAAGACCGUGCUCGCCUCCGCCGCGCUGCUGGCGCGCCACUGGCUGCUCGUGCGCCAUGCCGAGUCGACGCACGAGCCGCUGGCCACCGGCGCCGCGGCGGCCGCCUCGACAGCGAGCUCGAUGCUCGAGCCGGCCCUCACUGCCGCCGUGCAGGGCGCCGGCGGGCCGUGGGCCAUCGCCACGACGGUGUUCAUCGUCGCGGCGCUCGGGCAGGGCGUGUGGUUCCGCGUGUGGCAGUGGGUGCCGUCGCUGCGGCGCAGCGACCCGCACAUGCAGCACCUGCCCACGCGCCUCGCCGUGCUCGGCGCCGUCCUCUUUGCGCACCUGCUCGUGUGGCUCAUUGCGCUGCAGCGUCUGAGCGCUGCUACCGUGAUCAUCUUCACGCAGUUCUGUGAGAUCUGGGCUGGCGACCUCUCGCGCUCGAUGAAGUCAAAGUCGUACGGCGGCUACGCCAUCGUCUUUGCCCUGGCCGUCUCCUUCAUGCUCAACGUGCUGGCGCUCUCUCCUGAGUCGCGCAUCGCACCACGAGGCUCUCGCGCACCCUCUUUCUUCUCCGGCUUCGAAGACGACUUCUCCGACCUGCCGGCGUCGCUGCGGCAUACGCGGCCCGUCGGAUUGGCCAGCCCCAGUGCGCUGCGUGCUGCCAGUGCGCAGGCUGAGGCGGCAGCCGCCGACUACAGCCCGGCGGCAGUGCUGGUCGGCCACCUGGCGCUUGCUGCAUACGCCUUCCUGACGCUGGAGCGCGAGCGUGCGGCGAAGGUCGCGAGCACCGAGGCCGGUGGCCGCCGGCGUGCAGGUGUGCUGGCCUGUGUCGUGGCUGCCGCUGCGCUUCUGCCUCUGGGCCUGCUGGGGCGCCUGUUCGGCCUGCCGACCCUGCCGACGCUGAGCUCGCUCUCGCCCUCGUUCCACACGUCGCCGUCGUCGCUGCACGGCUCGCCAACGACGGGACACUUUGCCGCCUAUGCGCUGCUGGCGCUCGGACCGCUGAUCCUCGAUCCGCUCGUCAGUGCAGCGCUCGAGCCGCAUGCCAGCGCAGCCGCGCGUGUGGCACAGGGCUGGCCGCUGGCAGUCGGCGCCGUCAUGAUGGUCGGGCGCGUCGGCUUCGGACUGCGCAUCAGCUGGGCCAACCUCAUUGUCGGAGGCAUCGUGGGCUGGGGCCUGCGCACGAUUCUCAAGACGUCGCCGGUCUACGCCGACGCCGAUGCGCACGAUGCGUCGCCGUCGCAGCGAGACGUCUCGCGCUCCCACAAGCGCCACACGUCGGAUCCGUCCGGCCUGCACGAGGUUGGCAGUGCGGUGCGUGCCUUCAUGGCGACGGGCAAGCGCACGAUCGCCACGAUCUGGGAGUCGGACGACUCGCGCAAGAUCUUCCAGUUCCUCUGUCUCAACCUCGUCUUCAUGGGCGUGCAGCUGCUCUGGGGCGUGUGGACGAACAGCCUGGGCCUGAUCUCCGACGCGAUCCACAUGUUCUUCGAUUGCGCCGCCAUCGGCAUGGGCCUCUUUGCCGCCGUCAUGGCGAGCUGGGCGACGGACAGCACCUUCACGUACGGCUACCACCGCGUCGAGACGCUCAGCGGCUUCGCCAAUGGCGUGUUCCUCAUCCUCAUCAGCGUCUUCAUCGUCUUUGAGGCCGUGCAGCGCAUCAUCUCUGCGCCCGAAAUGCACAACACGACGCAGCUGCUCAUCGUCUCGAGCAUGGGCCUCGGCGUCAACCUCUUCGGCAUGUUCGCCAUGGGCGGGCACCACCACCACGGGCACGGCCACUCGCACGGGCAUGACCAUGGCCACGACCACGGCCAUGGGCACGGACAUGACCACGGACACGGCCACGGGCACUCUCACAACAUGAUGGGCGUCUACCUCCACGUCAUGGCAGACACUAUGGGCUCCGUGGGCGUCAUCAUCUCGACGAUCCUGCUCAAGUACUUCGGCUGGACGGGCUUCGACCCGAUCGCCUCGCUCUUUAUCGCCGUGCUCAUCACAGCUUCUGUGAUCCCGCUCGUGCUCGAGUCUGGCAAGAUUCUCAUCCUCGACGUGUCGGGGCACGAGCAGGAGAUCGCCAGUGCGCUGGAGGAGCUCACAGCGGUCGAGGGCCUCGAGAGCUUCUCGCAGCCGCGCUUCUGGCCGAAGGACAGCGGCACGCUGGUCGGCAGUCUGCGCGUGCAGGUGCGCACCGUGCCGCCGGCAGAUCCCAGUGCCGCGAUCACAAAGCCCAAUGGCGAGUCGGCAGCCUCGUCGUGGCCGCCGGCGGCGUCGCCCGAGAACAUCUCGGCGCAGGUGCAGGCCAUCAUGCGGCGACGACUGCCGACGCUCGAAAGCCUGGCGGUGCAGCUCGAGCGCGGGACGCCGAUGCUGCUCACGCCAGCAGCAGGCGGUGCAGGAGGGGGAUGAGCGACACACACUAACUUAACGUAAACAGAGUUUUGAUGACCGGCACAAUUACAGAGACGCGGU